AUGCCGGGCCUCUUCGCCUACUCGGGCGCCGGGCUGGGCCUCCUGGCCCUGGCGGCGCUCGAGUCCCUGCCCCUGCCCGUCCGCGUCCCGCCUCACCGGCUCCUCCCGCGCCGCCUCGCCACGCCGCUGCACCUCCGGCACCUCCUCGCCGCGGCGCUCUCCGCGCUCUGCCUCCUCUCGGCGCUCGUCUCCGCGCACCACCUCUCCCUCCCCACGCUCGCCGCCUCCGCGCUCUUCCUACUCUACUCCCUCGCGCCCUUCGCGCCGCUCGCCGCGCCCCUGCCGCUCCCGCUGCUCGACCUCCUCCUUGCCGCGGCCUUCGCCCAGGAGCUGCUCCUCUUCGCGCACCGUCGCCCUUCCACCGCGGCCGGGAUCGAGAACCGCUACUUCGACCUGCUCCUCGUCCCCAUCGCUCUCUGCCUUGGCGCCACGCUGCUCGCCGCGCACCGCCCCGGGGAGGCCGCGCCGCGGCUCGCCCGCGCGGCCGGGCUGGCGCUGCAGGGCACCUGGAUGGUGCAGAUGGGGUUCUCCUUCUUCACCAGCGCCAUCGCGCAGGGCUGCGCGCUCCACGCCGCCAGCCGCGCCGACUACACUAUCAAGUGCCGCACCCACGAGGACUACCACCGCGCGCGGUCCGUCGCCACGCUGCAGUUCAACGGACACCUCGCGCUGCUCGUCAUCGCUGGCGCGGCCGCGUACGCUGCCGUCCUAUCCAGGGCGAACCGGCCACCCAGCGGGUACAGGAUUCUGGGUAAGGAGGUGCAGAUGGAGGGGGUGCCGAUCAUGUCGCAGUUCACACUGGAUUCGGAUGAGGAGAAGGAAGAUGAAGGGAUAACCAACACAGCGGCGCCAGCGGCGAAUGGGGUGGAGUCCCAUGACGAGAUCCCGCUGCACGCUCCUGGUUCCAAGUGAUGCAGCUGGAAUUGGGGUGCUUUUGAUGUAGAUUAUUGCAGUUGAGGAAGGCAUCUACAGAGCUGCAGAAUGAUGUGGCGAGAUGUUUGUGUGUUUCUGUACCUCAUUUCAAUACAGUCUUCACUUUUUGAUGCUUGGAUAAUGGUUGUUCUCUGUCCAUGUGGAAAGAUAUCUUGCUUAGUUUGAUCUGCAUACAAUAGAGUUAACAUCUGUAUAAUAUUGUAAUUUGUUGGGUUCAGAUAGAUCUUUGAGAAAUAAAGUUAACCCAUGUUCCACUUUGAGAACAA